AUGGCCAGAAACAGGGGAGCUCAGCCUUUGGCCAGAAGCUUCACUUGCUCCCGGGACCGGCUCAGUCCGCCCAUCCCUGGGUCUCCCUGGGCUUGUGUCCCCGUCUCUCGGUCCUGCCCCCCAGCCCCGCCCUUUCUCUCUAUUCAGAGCCGCGGGCUCUGCCCGGGGAAGCCUGACGUCUGGGAGUGCCCCGAGGCCCCCGAUGGAGCAGACUUAGCGCUUCAAGUGGACGUCUGGCUGAGCUUCCCCCAGAGCACCCCCUGCUCCCUCAGCGCCCCGGCUGGUCGCCGGCUCCUCCCCCAGAGCACCCCCUGCUCCCUCAGCGCCCCGGGCUGGUCGCCGGCUCCUCCCCCAGAGCACCCCCUGCUCCCUCAGCGCCCCGGGCUGGUCGCCGGCUCCUCCCCCAGAGCACCCCCUGCUCCCUCAGCGCCCCGGGCUGGUCGCCGGCUCCUCCCCCAGAGCACCCCCUGCUCCCUCAGCGCCCCGGGCUGGUCGCCGGCUCCUCCCCCAGCGCACCCCCUGCUCCCUCAGCGCCCCGGCUGGUCGCCGGCUCCUCCCCCAGAGCACCCCCUGCUCCCUCAGCGCCCCGGGCUGGUCGCCGGCUCCUGCUCAGGACAAUAUGCAGGGCGGCUGCAGGAACCCCGCGAGGGAGCCGCGGUUCAGAAAGGAGUCGGGGACCUGUGGGCGCUGGGAACGCCCCGGGAACACCGGGGACGGGCCGGCGGGUGGCUGGGGGACCAGGGAGGGGCUCAGCUGUGCCGGGGGCGGGAGGAGGAGGAGGGUCGCCCUGGGAUGAGCUCCCUCCCCAUCCCCAAGAUCGGAGCCCAACCAGAAAGGCAGGAGCUGGACUCACAGGCCGGGGGUCCCUGGGGCCUCCAGCAGCUGAGCCUCCAGGUGAGCUUGGAGAGCCCCCUUCCUUAUUGCGGAGGGCUCUCCACUGCGGGGGGCGGGGCUGAAGAGAUCUGGCUCGUCUCCUCCCUCCCCCCACACGUAGCCCCUGCACCCCCUCCCGCCGACUCAGCCACUGGCACCGAGCCAUUGGGGGGCAGCCUGGCCACCCGGGCACACGGGGCUGCUCCUGGGUUAGCUACAGGGCGCAGUGGGCAGCGCACCAGCCCUGAAGUCAGCAGGCCCCUGGUACCGUCUCCUCUGGGCCUCAGUUGGGCAGCUGGCGGCUUAGAGGACGAGUGUACGGGGAGGUGA